UCACACACACACACAGGCACUGUCCAGACAGAGGGUCAGGGGUCAUGCAGCCUCUCAGGACAAUCGGAGUAUAAAAAACUGCUUCUACAAGCUUUAACCAGUGCUCUGCUGGACACUGACAUAAGUCACAUGACUGCUAUGUACUGCUGAUGAGAAAAGGUAUUUAGCAGUCUAUAUUUACUAAGAUAAUGUUGUGUGCACUUGAAUGCAGGGUCCUGGGAGACCGGAUAUAGUGAAUGCAGGGUCCGGGGUGACCGGAUAUAG